AUGACAAGUGACGUUCUGGUAGUGGAGGAUCCUUUGUUUUACAUCAACUCGUCCAUGAUCACAAGCUUCGAACCCAGCUGGAUCCAUUGCUCAGAGUGCUUCAAACAGUGUCUCAAUCUGCAGCCGUGCACUACUUGCUCGCUGGUGCUGUACUGCAGCCAGAAGUGUGCCGAUGAAGCCUGGGAGAAGCACCACAAAAUAACGUGUGCCCCGGCCAAAAAGAUUUUCAACAAGAUGUCCAGCAAGGAGAGCAACAAAGUCAAUGGUUACGAUGUUCUCCGAGUGUCGAAUCAGGCACUGGCGAUGCUGGCACAUUUUGGCGUGGACAACUGUGUUGGGGCGCUCGUCAAUGGCCAAGUCUCCAGCGACGCUUCCGCAGAACUCGGAGACUUUUUAAACUUGCAUGCGGAUCAAGCUAUGACAGAAUUGGCCUCUAGCAAAGGGAGCUCUGAAGCGAUUGAGAUGGUUGUGGAGAGCAUCGAUGGCCUCAGUGAUGACAAGAAGGACAGACUGCUUGAGUUCCUCCGCAGGGCUGUGCCCAUCAUCCACACCUACAAUGAGUUCAUUUUUAACGUGGUGCUGGAGCGCAAAAAGAACAAGCUCAUCCCCAGCAAGAUGAAUGUUGUCGGCCAAGGUUUCUACCUCCGACUCAUGUCCACGCCCAGAGGGUGCGAAGCAAAUGCCCAAAGGUGUUCGUACCUGAAGACGUUGGUCAUCAAAGCCCUGAGGCCCAUCGAAGCGGGCGAAAGGAUUUUCUUCAUUCAUGCCAGCAGCUUCACUAAGUACCCCAAAGCCACAAGACAAGUUCAGUACAUGGAUUUAUACGGGCCCAACUUCAAGUGCCGCUGCAGGGUGUGCAGCGAGGAUUGGCGUGUGUUGGACAAGCAGCCCGUCAUCCACAACUUCAUCGAGAGAAAUCCCAAGUACAAAAAGAGCAGACUUAGGAAGGAGCUUGUGGCUUUAACCAUGGCAUGGGAAACCGAAGAGCUCCCACUGAAUUGGUUUACCUCCGAAAAACUGGACUUGUGCAAUAGAAUCCUCGAGUUCUACUUGGGAAAAAGGAGGGAUGACCUCCAGUGCCACAUCGUCCUCGAGCUGCUCACAAGGCACUUUCCCACCACGACCAAGAAGCAUAUUGAAGGCGACAACACCGUCGCCUCUUCUGGUCUAGACCACUGCCUUGUCUUCAAAAACAUGAUGGAAUAAUUUAG